AAUUUUCUCUCUCCUCAAACUCCAAACCUGUGCUCUGCAUCUCCUUCUUCCUCCUCCCGCAUUUUCCCCCUCUUAAAACCCUAACAGAAGCAGAGUCUCGUAACUGUAGUUGUAUCUAUAGUCGCCGCCGCCGCCACCGCCGCCGCCAUACGUUGCAGAAUUUUUGAAACUCUUCUUGCGAUUUCAGCUAUGGAGGAGAGAGUGAACAAUGGCGCAAUUCCUCUUGAGAAAGUUCACAAAGAAGUGCCUCAGCUGAUUGCUGUAUUGAAAGAAAUGAAGGAAGGUUUAGAUAUAGUUACAAGCAAAAUUCAAGCGUUGACAGUUAAGGUAAAGGCAAAACAAUAUCCCACUGCAGAUGGGGUAAGCUAUCUUGAGGCAAAGCAUCUGCUGCUUGUAAAUUAUUGUCAAUCACUUGUCUAUUAUCUUCUCCACAAGGCAAAGGGAUUAUCAAUAGAUGGGCAUCCAGUUGUCCGGAGUCUCGUAGAGAUACGAUUAUUUCUGGAGAAGAUACGCCCCAUAGACAAGAAAUGUGGCUAUCGAUUUGACAGGCUACUAACAUCUGCCUCAACCAAUGCUGUGAAAGUAGACGUGACUGAAAAUGUAGCAGAUGCCACUCAGAAAUCUGAGGAUUUGUUAAAAUGCCGUCCUAAUCCAGACAUGCUUGUUAGCAAAGUUCCUGAUAUGGACAAUGGGGAUCACGAUGGUAUCUACCGGCCUCUCAAAAUUGCUCCUGUUACGAUGGAGGCAGACAAGAAGUCUAAACAGGAGAGAGAUGCUGAGAGAAAAACGAAGAACGAUCUACGAAGAGUUAGGCAAAAUGAAUAUGUUAGAAGUUUAGUGGAUGAUCUAGAGGGGAGACCUGAAGAGGUGAGAGAGAGGGUUGGAGCUGAAAGUAAAGAUUAUUCUAAUUUCGCGGCGAAGUGGGCGAAACGUGAACAGCAAGAAGAGGAGAUCUUUAAUCGUGCUCCCAUUACGAAGGCCGAGAAAAAGAAAAUGAAACAAAUAAUGAGAUCCAACGGGCUACAAGGUUUGACUGAUGAUUUCCAUGAUGAGAUUAAAGGCUUUGCAAUGGAAGAUGAUGUUGAUGAACGAAAGGAAACAGGUUUUGGUACUGCCAGCAGCAUGGAAAGAAAACACAAAAAGCGAAAGAAGCUGUUUUGAUAAAUGACUUUUUACUUGCUGGAGAAUGAGACUGAUGCAACGGGGGUGUAUUAAAUGAAGUAUCUUUCUGUGUCUCGUUGUCUUGCUAUUUAUCAAUGACCAGUUUGUUGCGUCCGUGAAAUUUGUGAGCUUCUUCCCCAAUGACGGAAAGGUCUGGAACUUGACUUUAACACAAAUCACUGAUGGUGAAGCUGAUAGGAAAUGCUCUUGUUCAGCAGAGAAACAUAUGAUAUAAGUUUAGGAAAAGUUUUGCACACUUCUUAUGUUUAUUUUAUACCAGUAUGUUGUUAAGCUGUUUUAGGCUUCUUUUGGUGAUCCCUACAAAUAUGUAAUCGGAUGAAGGUUUUUAUGAAUGAAUUCGGGCAUGAUCAA